AUGCCACCAUCCAACUCGAAGAGUACGAUUACCGCUCUCCCAGUUGCUCUCCCGCACAGCUUGCUUGUCCUCGUGCACCUGCACCUCCUGGACUAUCCACUUAAGCAAGCGGCACAAUAUGACGAACGCCUCUUUAACUCCAAGACCAAUGGGAUCCGUGAACGAACUAAGGCCAUGGAGGACAUUUGCUACUUCCUACUAGGUCGCAUAGAAGGUCGAGAUCGCGCAAAGGCAAUCCUCCCGAUGUACCCGUGUCUGCAGCCAUCAGAUACCACCGCAUUCCGCGUCUCGCUCACAAAAUAUCUAGAAUCACUGCGGCACGGCAUCGUCCAUACGAAUCACAAAGUUUCGAACUCGGAUAACAAGGGGAAGAUGCGAGAUAGCACAGACACAGCAGGUGCUUGGUGGUGGAAGGACGUGGUGGUGCGCAAGUCCUUGCUUGAAGAAUGUGCGGGGGAAAGGUUCGAACGACUCUUGUUAGCGUUGUCAACACAUGCUCUCUUCAAAAAAUUGUCCGCCUCUCCAGCGUUAUCGGCUGAACCAGGACGGGAAGAGCUAACCGCACUUACAAGCACCUACGGUGCGCUCCUAGCACAAUCCCACUCUUCGCGGCGCGUAUGGGAGCGUACAGCCUCUGCGCUCACGCGACGAAAAGCCGACUUGCAGCUCCUGCGUGAACGCCUUUCCGACCCCAACGCCAACGCGCGGCGGUCCACCAAGUACAAUGCAUUGACUACAGACAGGCUCCUGGCACUUCGUGACUCUGCUCUGUCGGAUCUGCUGCGCAAGAGCUGGAGGCAUGCCGAAGGCUUGAUUGCCUUGGAUUUUCUGAUCGACCUGGCUGGCCUGCAGGGUUCGCAUGGAGCCUCGAAGCAUGAUGGGGAAAAUUCAUCCAGAUUGUCAAUCGUUGCAGUGGAUGUACUCGAUACGAAGGCACCUGUAGCCCUCCCGAUCCCGCCACUCCCCAUCGCUGCAGCGCACCAUCCCGCACACUUGCACACGCUCAUGGAGCCCGUCUUUUCUUCGUCAACCCCUACUGCACCCAUGAACGCCACCGUCAGCGCACCCGCCAGGCCGAAGGAAACGAUCCCGUUCGGUGUCUCCGAGCGCAUAGACGCUGCCGCGCGGAUGGAAGAGGCUCUGCAACGCGCCCUGGCCAGCGCAGAGGCGGUCCGGCAGCAGCUACAGAAACGCAUCCAAGGUGGCAAGGCCAUUCCUGCCUCUAACAAGAGCGUGCUCAACCUUGAUCUGCGAUCGUGGGCAGCACCAAAUCCGCGCACGCUUGACUUCCACACGGCACCGACGCCAGGCUUAUUGGGAACCUUCUCCCUCCCAUCGGUUUCGCCAGAAUCUGCGCUGGAGGAGCAGAUCGCACAGAUCCGCACAGCGCUCCUGCCUGCUUAUCCUCCGGUACCUACCCAGCCCGUGCUCUGCAGCGACCCUCUACCUGUUCCUGUUCCUCCUAGCCGCCUACGGCAGCCUGCACAGAUCGGAGAGGUCAAGGCACUUAGGCGGGGUGCCGCUGGCAUGAGCGUGAACAGCGGACUAGCGCGCGCGACGAGCGCGCAUCUCCGAUUUGCCCAGGAAGACGCUGCGGCGUCUACCCAGCGGAACGUGCAUCCCCGAAUAGCGUCGAGACGUGUGUCCCGCCGGGUGCGCCGCUCGCUCGCGGUGCGGGAUGAGGAAGUCGACAAGGUCGUCGAGGCCGUGCGGGGCGAGUCUGCUUCGUUCGAGGUUGCCGAAGCGACGCCUGCGCAUGUGGGCAGGACGGCUGGUGUCCCGCUGUCAGCGGUGAAGUCUGUGCCUCGUCCGUCAUAUGACAUGGAGAGACACGAGCGCGCGAUUAAUGUUCCCCUUCCAAGGCUGCGGCUCAGCGGUGCAGACGAGGAUGCGCACUCGGAGGACGAUAUCCCGAGGCAUCGAUCGUCGGAAGGCGGAAAAGCCUGGACGAACAACAACUGGCCUGAUGUAAAACCGGAGGAAGAGGAGUAUUAUGAGGGUCAGAGCAUUACUCUGAAGGAGAUCUUGCUCAAAGCCGGGAGCGAUGCAGCGCAAUUCGACCUUCUUGGUGAUUCCGAGGACGAUUUGGACGAAGAUUUCGAAUGGGAAUAA